AAUUUCAACAUUAGAAACUAAAAGUAGAAUUGAAUGUGCAGAGAAAUGUUCAAGUUUAGAAACAUGUGGGUUUUAUUCAAUCCAUAAAAUAGGAGUGAGACAAUGGAAUUGUGAGUUGAUAUCAAACACAAACUUGGCAAUUUCUUCUAUAAAUACAAGUAUCAAGUACUUUAUCAAGUUAGCCGAAGGAAUAAAUAUCCAAACAACAGAUGCACCAACCACAUCAGCAACAACAGUAGUACAAACAACAGCUGUUCCAACAACAGCUGUACCAACAACUGUUCCAACAACAGCUGUACCAACAACUGUUCCAACAACAGCUGCACCAACAACUGUUCCAACAACAGCUGCACCAACAACUGUUCCAACAACAGCUGCACCAACAACUGUUCCAACAACAGCAGCACCAACAACUGUUCGAACAACAGCUGCACCAACAACUGUUCCAACAACAGCUGCACCAACAACUGUUCCAACAACAGCUGCACCAACAACAACAGCAGAGCCAACAAAUCCUCCUUUGGAUUGCAGUGCAGGGACAACAGUGAAUGUGGUUUCAGCAGAAUAUAUUUCUAAUGAAUUAUGGAUUCAAAAUGGUAACAAUCAAUGGUACAAGGCCACUCCUAAUCCCACAACAGGCGCUGUUGCAUCCUGGGCAUUUAAUUUGGAAAAUACUGGGUACCAGCUAGAUAUAUAUAUGAUGAUGGACUGGAAUAUGGAUUUCACAUACGCAUCUAAUGGGGACUAUGAGAUUCAUUUCGAAUCAGGAGCUGCAGCCUCUGCUAAAAUUCACUGCAGUAAUGCAGGUUGGUCUUUUGAUGGUGCUGGUAAUAAGUGUCCAGGUUCAUUCCCAAUGAGUGUUGACUCAUUUUUCAACAAGGGCAAUCUGGGUAUUCCUACAGGAGUCCAAGCCGGCACAUUUCACCAGGACACCACACAUAAUAUACUAUACUUGUUCAAAGAUGAUUGGGUUUAUGAAUCCAGGGCAGCAAUUGGUUCAACUGGGAUAAGCGUAUUUGAUCUGACAGCAACGUACCAUAAAGAUGAUGCAACAGCACCAACCAACAUUUUCAAGGGAGGAAUACCAUAUGGGAUAACGGCAGCAGCUCGGUUGCCAAAUGACUUGUUUGGAUUUUUUGUUGGAGAACAUUACUAUGUUUAUGACUUAACAACCGAAACAUUAUCAGGUCCAACAUGUGUAAAUCAAGCUUAAUACAUGUAUCUUUGGAUUGCUACCA